AGUCAGUCAGCUACUAGCAACGUAUAAAUGGGCCUUAACGUUUUUGAUGGUAAAUCAAAACAAUAAACAUUCGAUCCAAAUGCUCGCCGAUUGUUUGGACCGACUGCAUUGAAUCGAACAUUCACUUCACCGUGUAGCAGCACAUUCGUCACAACAUUUGUCAAUUCAUCGAGUCAAAUGUUUGAGUCCAACAUUCGAGUGAAACGUUGGACGAAUCGUGUAGCGCCCGCAUUACCUUCACAUCGAGUCAAUUGUCUCCAAAAUAAGCACAUAUCUACAUGUCUGGCAUCCAUGCGUAUGUGUAUUAUGAUAGGGAAAAGAAUGCGAGUGUCAAAACGUUGAAACGGGAAAGCGAAGAGGAAAAAUCGCCAUUUUAAAAGGCUGCAGUCGGUCUAGAACGUUAAGUGAACUAUUUUUGCAUAGAUAUUUGCGUGGAUCGAGUUUGUAAAAUACGCCGGUGCCAGAUGAUUGACCUCAUACGAUAGUCUUGGAAAUUUGGUGUGAAAUGCAAGCAACAUCGAAUGAACUAUCAUCCAUAAUAUAAUGAAACAAUCAUUCAGAAUCGGUUUGAUCUGUGGUAAUCUUUUGUCGACAACAAAGCUGUGCAUAAUAAAAUAAAACGAAACUGAAGUAGUGGGAUGCGGCGAAUUGUAAUUAAAUGAAUCAUGUUCAUGAAAUAUACAUUGUCAGUGUUACUGAAAAUGUUACGGACAACUGGUAAAAGUAUUCUCUGAAAGCAUAUAAGGUUUUUGUUGAUCGUUUAAAGCGUAAGCUACGGUCUAAAAGCUAUAAACAAGAGUUCUGUUAGGUGCAGUACUCCCAUUGAAGUGAAAGCAGUUUUUGUUUUGCAAACCAGUGAAUGCAGCAGUAGGCGAAUCGCUCCAGGGGUCUUGUAUAACGUGGAUUUUUGUUACGAUAGCAGUUUUUAGUGGCACAUAGUUUAAGUGAUUUGUGUAACACAAAACAAACCAAAUUUAUUGAAGGAGUGUUCUACUUUACUCUCGAAAGUGGAUACCAAAAGUAACCUGGGUUUAACCCAGGAUUUCGAGAGGAUGGUGGGGCUGUCGGGAGGUGCGCAUCUAUACGCAGCAGGUCUUCCGCCUGCCCAGGAAAUCGUUCGUGAUAUGUCCUCUAUGCCCAGCACUGCACCAACCAGUGCCGACGCCUGUCUAAGCAUAGUUCACUCGCUGAUGUGCCAUCGGCAGGGAGGAGAAAGCGAAGGAUUUGCCAAACGAGCUAUCGAAUCGCUGGUUAAGAAGUUGAAAGAGAAACGCGAUGAGCUGGACUCCCUCAUCACAGCCAUCACCACAAACGGAGCACAUCCCAGCAAAUGUGUCACAAUUCAGCGAACACUCGACGGUCGUUUACAGGUUGCUGGACGCAAAGGUUUCCCACACGUAAUAUAUGCCCGUAUAUGGCGAUGGCCUGAUUUACACAAAAACGAAUUAAAGCAUGUCAAAUACUGCCAGUUUGCAUUCGAUCUGAAAUGCGACUCUGUCUGUGUGAACCCAUACCAUUAUGAGCGCGUUGUAUCUCCAGGAAUUGAUCUUUCAGGCUUAACUCUGCAAACAGGGCCAAGUCGUCUAAUCAAGGACGAGUACACUCCUGGUUCGGUUGUCUCAGGAUCAAUGGACAUCGACGGAAGUGAGAUAGGAACGAUCCAACAUCACCCUUCUCUGGUACCUGGAUCCGCGUAUGGUGGAAUGGGAAUGCAUCAGCAAGUGCCAGACCCCUCACAAAUGGGUAGCAUGUUUCCCCCGCCUACGGGAAGUGGCCCUCGUCCAAUACCAAAAAUGGAACCCUCCGAACAAAGCCGUAACAGCAACGGUAGUUGGAUGAGCAGUCAGGGUUCAUCGACGUCAUCUGCUGCCAGCUCUGUUCCUCAUAGCAGGCUUUCGUCAUCAUUGCCGCAUUGUACUCAGGUUGGUUUGCCGAGUAGCGCAGGACUUCGUCCACCUCAACCAUCCCAAGCGCAAGGACCGACAACACAACCUAACCCGCAAAUGGCAAAUGGUGGCAACGGCCUGAUUGGUUCGCUUCCGACCGAUCCCCACUUAGGGCAAAAUCUUGGUGUUCAAGGUUCACAACAGAAUGCGUACGUAGUUCAAGCGUCCAAUAGUCAGCAACAACCUCAGCAGCAACCGCAACAACAAUCACAACCACAGCAAUCACAACAGCAACAGCAGCAGCAGUCUUCCGGCCAAGGACAAUACAAUCAACAUCAAACAGGAGCGGCUACUUGGGCUGGUUCCAAUACACUCACAUACACACAAUCAAUUCAACCUCCGGCACCGGAUGCUCGAUCUCACUCUGGUCAUCCCCAGUACUGGCAACAGGGCAGCGGAACAGGUGGUAUAAGUGGAACAAACUCGGGACAAAUGCAGGAAUUGCCAGGGCAACAUCGUCUACUCUCGAGACAGCCGGCUCCAGAAUACUGGUGCUCGGUAGCGUACUUUGAGCUAGAUACUCAGGUCGGUGAAAUGUUCAAAGUACCCUCAAAUCGUCCGAACGUCACCGUGGAUGGAUAUGUCGACCCGUCCGGUGGUAAUCGUUUUUGCUUGGGAGCUCUCAGUAAUGUUCAUCGGACGGAGCAGAGCGAAAAGGCGAGAUUACACAUAGGCAAAGGAGUGCAGCUGGAUCUGCGCGGCGAAGGGGAUGUUUGGCUGAGAUGUCUUAGCGAUCAUUCAGUAUUUGUUCAGAGUUAUUAUUUAGAUCGCGAAGCAGGGCGUACACCUGGCGAUGCCGUUCACAAAAUCUAUCCUGCUGCCUGCAUAAAGGUAUUCGAUCUCCGACAGUGUCACUUGCAAAUGCAAUCACUGGCGACGAGCGCACAGAAAGCAGCACAAAUGCAAGCUGCAGCGGUUGCCGGUGUAUCAGGACUAGCCGUUGGUGCACCAAGAAACCUUUCAGCUGCUGCCGGAAUCGGUGUCGAUGACCUACGAAGACUUUGCAUCCUGCGGUUAUCAUUCGUUAAGGGCUGGGGUCCUGAUUAUCCCAGACAAUCGAUCAAGGAAACACCGUGCUGGGUGGAAGUGCAUCUUCAUCGUGCGCUGCAGCUGUUGGACGAAGUGCUACAUCAAAUGCCCAUAGAUGGUCCCCGAGGCAUAGAGUGAAUUCACGCAUGAACUCCAUCAAUUGGAAUAUGAAUGUUUAUUCCAGAACUUAAUUAAGUGGAUAACAUUUCUUGAUGCUCGUAGAAUUAGAGUAUACGGGAAGAGGAGUGUAUGUGUAUACCCGACAGUUACAAUUAUGUCAUGCUAUUUGUAGAAGACGAAAGUGCAGGUUGACCAGUUGUAUAUUUUGGAGGGGCAGAUCAUUGCUAUGAUUUUUUUACGCAUGACCAAUAAAUUUGUAUCAAUGUUUCUUGAGAUUCUCAAAUCGUUACAUUACAAAACCGAAUCUGUUUUAGAUUGGUCGCAGUUUUAUCGGAAAGCGAAAAGAAGUGUGAUUUGUUAGUCAUUGAAAUUUAUAUUUACAAAACUCGUAUACUUAGCGCACCGAAAAUAUAAUUCAUCAGCCGAAUUAAUUAUGUUGUUUCAGAAAAUUUACCCUCGAAAUUGCUUGUGUUUAGGAACACUUUGGAGAAAUCUUGUGAACAACGCAAAGACAUGGAACAGUUGAAAUAGAAAGGAGAAAACAACCGACAAAUUACUCUACCUCUAAAAUGAAAAUUGUAACAACAAUAACACUAAUAUGACGAUAGCAUACAACAAAAAAUAUUUAAGUAAUUUCAAGUGAAUUGCAAAAGCUGAAAAAAUUAUAUGUGCUAUAUAUAACUUGUAGAUAUCAUUGCAGACGUAUAAAAUUGCUACGAGAAGUAGAAAAGUUAUUCAACGUGAUUAUUGAUAAAAAACGGUACCUUCGGCGAAAUGCGCGCUCCACUACCAAGAACACUAAAUCUGCUUAUAAUCACCUGAAUCGAACAAAGCUAACCAAAUAAAGUCCUUUGUGGACAACAGAAUUAAUAAUGACACACACAGUCUUGAAAGGAACAAUGACGUAAAACAAAAAUACCACAAGUGCAAUCAACAAACGUAACAAACCGAUGUUGAUAAACUGGGAAUCUUCUUUGUGAGCACAUCGGAGAACGAGAAAUUGUAUGCUGUUAAAUAUAAUUUG